GUGAUCCGUGGUGUCACCCCAAGAAAGGCGGAGAGCACCCCAGAUGAUGUGACUGCUCUAGCCAGCAGUACCAUUUUGGGAAGUAAGAAAUAGGGAAAAGAGAAGACGUUUAUUGAAGAUAAAAACAAAACAGGGGAUAAAAGACUGCUGUGCUCCCCAAGGAAAACUGCCAAGGACGGCCACAGCAGGUUUCUGGGGCUCUUUGGGCAUUGGGGGGCCCUGGCCCAGUAGGAUGCCCCCGUGUCCUCCCCAGCAAAGCACGGACAGGGGGACACAGCCGCUCACACUGGAGCCGGGCGAGAUGGAGCUCACUUGGCAGGAGAUCAUGUCCAUCACGGAGCUGCAGGCCAUGAACGCUCCAAGUGAACCAUCCUAUGAGCCCCCAGUCCCAACCCCGUACCCGGGACCCCCGCCAGCCCCAACUUACUGUCCCUGCUCUGUUCACCCAGAGGCUGGCUUCCCCCUCCCCCCACCACCUUAUGAGCUCCCUGUCCCCACAUCCCAUGUCCCAGACCCUCCAUACCCUUAUGGCAAUAUGGCCAUACCAGUCCCCAAGCCACUGACCCUCUCGGGCCUGCUCAGUGAACCCCUCUCCGAUCCUCUGACUCUCCUGGACAUUGGGCUGCCAGCGGGGCCGCCGAAGCCCCAAGAAGACCCAGAAUCCGACUCGGGAUUAUCCCUCAACUAUAGCGAUGCAGAAUCUCUCGAGCUGGAAGGGACAGAGGCUGGCCGGCGGCGCAGCGAGUACGUAGAGAUGUAUCCAGUGGAGUACCCCUACUCGCUUCUGCCCAACUCCUUGGCCCCGCCCAACUACACCUUGCCACCUGCCGAGACCCCCUUAGCCAUAGAGCCCUCCUCAGGCCCCGUGAGAGCCAAGCCCCCGGCCCGGGGGGAAGCAGGGAGUCGAGAUGAACGCCGGGCGCUGGCCAUGAAGAUCCCCUUCCCUACAGACAAGAUUGUCAACUUGCCGGUGGAUGACUUUAACGAGCUGUUGGCGCGGUACCCGCUGACGGAGAGCCAGCUGGCACUUGUCCGGGACAUCCGACGGCGGGGCAAGAACAAGGUGGCGGCCCAGAACUGUCGCAAAAGGAAGCUGGAGACCAUUGUGCAGCUGGAACGGGAGCUGGAGCGCCUGGGCAGUGAGCGGGAGCGACUCCUCCAGGCCCGGGGGGAGACUGACCGGACCCUGGAGGUCAUGCGUCAGCAGCUGGCCGAGCUGUACCGUGACAUCUUCCAGCACCUGCGGGACGAGGCGGGCAACAGGUACUCCCCCGAGGAGUACGCUCUGCAGCAGGGUGCCGACGGGGCCAUCUUCCUGGUGCCCCGGGGUCUCAAGAUGGAAGCCACAGACUGAGCUGGGCCCCCGUGGGCACGGACUGCUGAUGGAGCUUCUCUUCCCACGCUGUCGGGUGUGGCCCACUCCUCUGCUGCCAGGGACCAGGGAGAUAGUUCAAAAGGCUGGAGUGCACGCUUUGUACGCGGGGGCUCCUAACAGGCACCGGGCACUGCCAUGUGUGGGACCCCCAGUAUCUGGGCACGGCGGGGUGUGGUCCAAACCCCAAAAUAAAUAAUUUAAAAAACAGUCCCUGCUAACACAGAUACUCCCCAGCCCUG